CGUACUUUCCAUUUCACUCAUACCCCUCCCCCUGACAUCAGAGGAGGCAGAGGCGCUCCUUCGCCCCGGUCCAAACUCUACUUACAAAGCCCGACAUUAUAUCUGUCAGAGAGGAGACCUGCAUGGACUAACCCGGGACUAUUACCCAUGUUUUCGUGCGAUUUACGGCAAUGAGGGAUACCAGAGGUUUAACGCACCUCCAAUUACCAAAGAAGGGGCUAUUAAGGUCAAUUAUUUGUUAAGAAAAGAGUGGAAAAGGAGAAGGGGAGUGCAUGUUACUCGGCGGGCUUCAUUUCCUCGAUGCUGCAGAGCAGGAGCUGGAUGACAUGAUGCUGCAGAGCCCUCUCACCUCCACGCCGUUUUCUGUCAAGGAUAUCCUCAAGCUGGAGCAGCAGCAGCAGCAGCAGCAGCAGUCCGGGUCCCUGGAGCUCCAGCACCGGGCCCACACCCAGCAGCACUUGGCCGGGUCUCCUCCCCAGCAGCAGCAGCAUUUCCAAACCCCGCCGUCCUGCAUGCUCGCAGGGGCCCGGGACAGCCCUUCCUUCUCGGACGGAGAGGACAAUCUGGCCUACCUCAGCACGCUGGCAGUGCGGGAGGAGGACCGCGGGGAAACCAGUCUGUCCCCGGACAUGUACGUCCACCCCGGCCUGCAGGGAGCCAAGCUGGAGGCCGCCGACCUGGAGGAGCAGGAGAACAAGAGCUGCGGGCUAGUGUCCCGGGAGGAGGCAGCAGAGGGCGGGCAGGGCGACUCGGAGAGGCCGGUGCAGAAGCAGAGGAGCCGGCGGAGACCCAGGGUGCUCUUCUCCCAGGCGCAGGUCUUCGAGCUGGAGCGGCGCUUCAAGCAGCAGCGCUAUCUGUCUGCCCCGGAGCGGGAGCACCUGGCGACCACCCUCAAGCUCACCUCGAACCAAGUGAAGAUCUGGUUCCAGAACCGCCGCUACAAGUGCAAACGGCAGCGGCAGGACAAGUCUCUGGAAGCGGCGGGGCAGCACCACCCUCCUCCGCCCCGGCGUGUCGCCGUACCGGUGCUGGUCCGAGAUGGGAAGCCCUGUCUGGGCGGCGCGCAGAGCUACGCCGCCACUGCUCCGUACGGAUCCAACCCGUACAGUUAUAACGGAUACCCGGCAUACACAUACAACAGCCCCGGUUAUAACACCAACUACAGCUGCACGUACACUAGCAUCCCCGCCCUCCCUCCGUCCAGCACCCCCAACGCCUUCAUGAACAUGAACUUGGGAAACGUGAGCGGCCUCGGCGGCUCCCCACAGGCCCAAACACAUCAAGGGACCGCUGUCACAUCCUGCCAGGGCUCCCUGCAGGGGAUCCGGGCCUGGUAACCUCACCGCAACAGACCUAGUGUCCUUUUUUAUGGAGCUCUUUGAAUUUUUGGUUAACCUGCAACCUUGUAGAAGUGUUAAGUCGGUCAAAACGCCUCAGAAAACAGUGUUGCUUAUGUAAUGGAUGUGAGUUUGGAUUCACCUGUCGGCUGAGAUGAAGUUUCUCUCACAUUUCCGGCUACUUCAAGUGCAUUAGAGCCGAAAUGAUUGUGCGUAAAGGCCGGACGUCUCACAGCUGCAUCUGAACAGUCUCAGCUCGAGUGAAAUUUCAUGUAGUGGUCCAAGUAUUGUUCGCUCUAAUUCGGCACUGACACUAACUGAGCUGAAGCACAGAGGAGGGGGUUUGCGCACAAGCUCGCGCAUUUCUCUCUUAUUUGGAACUCCAAAAGACGAUUCGUUUUUUUAAAUGUUUGUUUUUAACACGGUAUAUUUUUAGGCUAUGGAGAGAUUGAAUUGCUUUUAACUGUUUUUUUUUUUGGGUUCAACAGAGAAAUGUUUUAGUCUAUUUCACAUCUAUUCAAAUAAAUUCAAG